AGCUGAUCGUAAACCGAAAGUACGUUUGAUCUUAUUCAGGUUCCAUUUUGAGAGGAUAGAGGAAAAAAUCAUCUUGAGAGAAGAAAAUAAUAAAGUCUGAUGAGAGAGGAGGGGAGUGGGGCACUGACUCUAAAAUGAGUCUCUCUGUUGACCGAGAGGAGGGGGGCACUGCAUCUAACAUUAAUCUCUCUGGGGUACAUGACACUAAAGCUACGAGCUCAAUCCAUCAGGAGAGACCCAACUCCCCUGUAUGCAGCUGUGUGUCCAUGAAAUGUGACCAAUCUAUGGAUCUACCUCUCACGUUUAAAGAGGGAAACCUUUCUUCUGAAAAAAGGCAAGAAGCCAUCAACUUGGUCAAUUGGUCUACAACACUUUAACCCAGAACUCAAGUCUUGUGUAAUUAGUCAGAUGCUGGAUUAUGUUUGGCGUCCAUACGUGUUAAGAGAACAGAGAGAACUAUAAAAGUGAACUGGAACGAAGAGAGAGAAAAUGCAACAAAAUACCUCUGUGUUUUUUAUAUUUAUGUUCCAUGUUAUACAUCUGAUUGAAGAAUGAGGAGUUUUGUGCUUUUGUCAGGAUCGAACAUCAGAGACCUGCCUCCCCUGUACCCAGCUGUGUGUCCAUGAAGAGUGACAAAUCUAUGAAUCCACCUAUCAUGUUCAGAGAAGGAGAUGUUUCCAUUGAACAAAGGAUCAAACAUCAGAGACCUGCCUCCCCUGUACCCAGCUGUGUGUCCAUGAAGAGUGACAAAUCUAUGAAUCCACCUAUCAUGUUCAGAGAAGGAGAUGUUUCCAUUGAACAAAUGAUAAAGCAGCAGAGACUAGACUCACCUGUACCCAGCUGCGUGUCCAUGAAGAAUGACCUGUCUAUGGAACCACCUCUCACAUUUAAAAAGGAAAACAUUUCUAGUGUAGAAAGGGUCCAGCAGGAGAGACCAGCCAUCACGGCACCCAGCUGUGUGUCUAUGAAGAGUGACCAGUCUAUGGAUCCACCUUUAAGGUUCAGAGAUGGAGUUGUUUCCGAACAAAUAGCCCAACAGGAGCUAUCAAGACAGUUCAAGACAGUGCUGAGUUCAGAUCUCCCUGAAGGCUUUGAGAUGAACCAGAAGGAGCUUGCUGACGCACUGGAGAAAAGUGAGCUUGAUUUGAUUUGCCAACGGGAACUCAAAUCUAAUCUAAAGACGAAAUAUCAAAGUGCAUUUGAGGGUAUUGCUAAGCAAGGGAACCCAACACUUCUCAAUAAGAUCUACACAGAACUCUACAUCACAAAGGGUGGAAAUGGAGAGGUCAAUAAUGAACAUGAGGUAAGACAAUUGGAGACAACAACCAGGAAACAAGCAAGACCAGAGACGGCAAUCAAAUGUAAUGACAUCUUCAAACCUUUACAAGACAGACCUAUCAGAACUGUGCUGACAAAGGGAGUCGCCGGCAUUGGAAAAACAGUCUCUGUGCAGAAGUUCAUUCUGGACUGGGCUGAAGGAAAAGCAAAUCAGGAUGUCCAAUUUGUAUUUUCACUUCCUUUUCGGGAGCUGAAUUUGAUGAAAGGGGAAAAACACAGUUUGUUUGAACUUCUCGAUCACUUCUCAAUGGAAACAAAAAAAUUAAGAAUCUCCAACUUUGACAAAUACAAAGUUCUGUUCAUCUUUGAUGGUCUGGAUGAGUGCCGACUGCCCCUAGACUUCAAGAGGAACAAGAGCUGUUGUGAUGUCACAGAGUCGACCUCAGUGGAUAUGCUGCUGACAAACCUCAUCAAGGGAAAUCUGCUGCCCUCUGCUCUUCUCUGGAUAACUACUAGACCUGCAGCAGCCAAUCAGAUCCCUUCAGGAUGUGUUGACCAGGUUACAGAGGUGCGAGGGUUUAAUGAUUCACAAAAAGAGGAAUACUUUAGAAAGAGAUUUACUGAUAAGAACUUGGCCAGUAGAAUCAUCUCACACAUGAAGUCAUCAAGGAGCCUCUACAUCAUGUGCCACAUACCAGUCUUCUGUUGGAUCUCUGCCACAGUUUUGGAGAAAAUGGGUGAAGAAGGGAGAGAGUUGCCCCAGACUCUAACUGAGAUGUGCACACACUUCCUGGUAUUUCAGACCAAACAGACGAAUGAAAAGUAUCUUGCGAAAGAAGAGACAGGUCCACACUGGAAUAAAACAAGAAUUCUGUCACUGGGAAAACUGGCUUUUCAACAGCUUGUGAAAGGCAAUCUAAUUUUCUAUGAAGAAGACCUGAAAGAGUGUGGCAUUGAUGUCAGGGAAGCCUCAGUGUACUCAGGAGUGUGCACACAGAUCUUCAGAGAAGAGUGUGGGCUGUACCAGGUCAAGGUGUUCUGCUUUGUGCAUCUGAGCAUUCAGGAGUUUCUGGCUGCUGUAUAUGUGUUUCUCAGAUUCAGCAAUGACAAUGAUAAUCUAAUAGCCAAACCACAGUUAAUCUUCAAAACAUUUUGGUUCCGAAAAAUACCUGCAAUUGACUUCCACAAGAGUGCUGUGGAUAAAGCCUUGGAGAGUGUGGGUGGACACCUUGAUCUUUUCCUCCGCUUCCUUCUGGGCCUCUCACUGGAGUCAAAUCAUAAGCACUUACGAGGUCUACUGACAAAGACAAGAAGCAGCCCACAGAGCCAUGAGGAAACAGUCAUGUACAUCAAGGAGAAGAUCAGGGAGAAUCCCUCUCCAGAGAGGUGCAUCAAUCUGUUCCACUGUCUGAACGAACUGAAUGACCAUUCUCUAGUGAAGGAGAUCCAAAGUUACCUGAGCUCGGGAAAUGUCUCCAGUGAAAAACUCUCACCGGCACUGUGGUCAGCUCUGGCCUUUGUGUUGCUGACUUCAGAAGAGGAUCUGGAGGUGUUUGACCUGAAGAAAUACUCCAGAUCAGAGGAAGGUCUUCUGAGGCUGCUGCCAGUUGUCAAAGCAUCCAGAACAGCUCUGCUGUCAGACUGUGGAGUCACAGAGGAAGGUUGUGCUUCUCUGGCCUCAGCUCUGAAGACAAACCCCUCACACCUGAGAGAGCUGGAUCUGAGUAACAAUGACCUGAAGGAUUCAGGAGUGAAGAUGCUCUCUGCUGGACUGCAGGAUCCACAAUGUAAACUGGAGACUCUGAGGUCCGUAUUCCUAUUUUUAGUCAACUUGUGAUAACUGUUCACUGGAUCCACAUGUGUUUAUCAGACUUAAAUAGUUUAAUUUGUCUCUAUGCUCCAGCAUUUUGGAUUUAAGAUAUUAGGCAACAGUACAGAAUAACACUUUUAGGGGAAUUUCAAACAUAUCUAUCUUACCAUUUAGACAUAAAAUAUCUUUAUAAUGUAUCUCCCCCCCAUUAGAAGAUGUCAUAAGUAUUUGGACAAAUUCACUUUUGGUAUAUUAAAGUAGUCGAAAAGUGUAGUAUUUCAUCCCAUAUUCCUUGCACUCUGUGAUUACAUCAAGCUUGUGACUCUGCAAACUUGUUGGAUGCAUUUGCAGUUUGUUUUGGUUGGGUUUUGGAUUAUGUUUUGCCGAAUAGAAACCGAAUGGUGAAUAAUGUCUGGUGUCACUUUUAUUGUGAUUAAGAAUGUAAGAUGUUCUGAACACUUCUGCAUUCAUGUGGAUGCUACCAUGAUUAUGGAUAAACAUGAAUGAAUUAAUGAUGUAUGACAACGUUACAGAGGCACAAAUGUCUGAGGUUAGCAUGUUUUGUUUUAGCCUCUAACUUCUCACUCAUUAUUAUUCAUGAUUCCUUCAUGAUUUUUCUUAAUCGUGGCAUUAUUUGAAUUCAUUUAGUAGUGUUAAGAAACAAAUUUACUCCAUUCAUCAUUCAGUUAGGUUAAACAUCUCCCAAAACACAACCAAAACAAACUGCAAAUGCAUCCAAUGAGUUUGUAUAGUCACAAGCUAAACUUUUGACUACUUUAAUACAUUAUACAAACUAAUUUGUCCAAUACUUACAGUGGCUUGUUUUUCCUA